AGACGGACCGCACCCUGGAGGAACUGGGCCCUGCUGGGCGGCGGGACUCCGGAAAGCUAGGCUGGGAGGGGAGGAGUUGGGGAACUAGUACCGCGCAGGCGCAACUGUACCGGAGUGGGGGAGGGGCGGGGCGAGUCUGCUGGGUCUUUGGGGGUGUCGAGGCGCUCAGUCGGCUGGGGAGCGCUGGCUAAGGGCCUUUUUUGGCCGGAAUUGCUUCCCCCUUAGUCCGCGUCUUUCCUCCUCCUCCGCCAAGUGUAGACUCGGAGGCUCUUUGGCCCAGGCCCAGCUUCGACCCCCUUAAUUCAGGGCACGUCCCCUGCGCCUUUCUUCCGGGGAGAAUGAAAGCGAAACCUCACGGGUUUGUGGUCAUCCCCGCCGCUCCCGACAGAUCGCUGGCCUGCUGGGGGUCCUCUGGCUGGGCCGCCUCUGGGUGAGCGGUGGGGGCCGGGACUCAGGAGGGCCUGGUCCGGCAAGCUGCCCUGUCACGGCGGAGUGGAUGAUGUCACACUCCUCUGUGACAUGCUAGGCUCCUUCGUUACUUUGAAGCCAACAGCAGAGGCGGGAGGUGAGGAGAGACCCGGGCUAGGCCUGGCUUGCCAGGCCCGCUGGACGGCCCCGCUCUGGUCUGAUUGGUUACCUUUGGACAGAGUGGAGGCUGUGUCCCACAGACGCUAGCAUCAUGAAUAUAUUUGAUCGGAAGAUCAACUUUGAUGCCCUCUUAAAGUUUUCCCACAUAACCCCCUCGACACAGCAGCACCUGAAGAAGGUCUAUGCCAGUUUUGCCCUUUGUAUGUUUGUGGCGGCUGCGGGGGCCUAUGUCCAUGUGGUCACCCGUUUCAUUCAGGCUGGCCUGCUGUCUGCCUUGGGCUCCCUGGGGUUGAUGAUUUGGCUGAUGGCAACACCUCAUAGCCAUGAAACUGAGCAAAAAAGACUGGGACUUCUUGCUGGAUUUGCUUUCCUUACAGGAGUUGGCCUCGGCCCUGCACUGGACUUGUGCAUUGCCAUUAACCCCAGCAUCCUUCCCACCGCCUUCAUGGGCACGGCAAUGAUCUUCACCUGCUUCACCCUGAGCGCGCUCUAUGCCAGGCGCCGUAGCUACCUCUUUCUGGGAGGUAUCUUGAUGUCAGCCAUGAGCCUGAUGGUCUUGUCUUCCCUGGGGAACCUUUUCUUUGGAUCCAUUUGGCUUUUCCAGGCAAACCUGUAUGUGGGGCUGGUGGUCAUGUGUGGCUUUGUCCUGUUUGAUACUCAACUCAUUAUUGAAAAGGCUGAAAAUGGAGAUAAAGAUUAUAUCUGGCACUGUGUUGACCUCUUCUUAGACUUUGUUACUCUCUUCAGAAAACUCAUGAUGAUUCUGGCUAUGAAUGAGAAGGACAAGAAGAAAGAGAAGAAGUGAAUUGACCAUCCAGCCUUCCCCAGUUUGACCUCCUCUCCCUCCGCCCCUCAUUUCCUCUUUGCACACAUUACAGGUGGCGUGUUCUGUGAUAAUGAAAAGCAUCAGAAAAGCUUUUGUACUUUGUGGUUUUCUCUAUUUUGACUUUUUUGAUCAAAAAACUGAUUAGCAGACUAUAGUUUGGAGUUUGGCUUCGUGUUCCUGGGGUUCGUCCCCGCUCCCUUUUCUGUCAGCCCCAUGCCUAGUGUCUUCCUCUGCUCAGGCAGCCAGCCCACCGAGGUGAGGAACGGGAUCUGCAGAGGAAGCAAACGCCAGGAGUCCGUUUUUCCACCGAGCUUCAUCAAGUGGACUUAAACCGUUUGGUAGAGCCGCCGCGGCCCUUCCUUCCUCAGCAUUGUUUGGUUUGUGCGCAGUUCCUGUGGGACUAGGCAGUGUGGGUUCCCUGGGAAAGAAGUUUGCUGAUCCCAUUGUUAACUCAGGCUCGUGAUAUCUGAGCUGUCAACCCCUACAAGGAAAAUGAAAAGCCUCUUCCCAUGGAUGCUUUGCUUCCUCUGAGCUGCCGGAGUUGCUGCUGGUCUGGCAAAGACACCUUUCUGCCCUGCUGUCACAAAAGGAGUGUGGAUUGUGUGUUCCCUUCCCGUCCCUUGUCUCACCCGCAGGGAACCUGCCUGCUUUACAUUUGUGGGGUGGGAGGAUUUCAGCACAAAGGGAAGACUAAUUCUUGUCAGGCAUUUAUGAAGGCUGAUUAUGUAUGGCAAGAUAUAUUGUAGAAUUCCCAAAUUCCCCUGGUUUUUUUUUUUUCAUUGAUUAUCACCUUAGUUACUGAGUGGCCUCUACCAGGCGGCUAUGAUUAAGGGUCCCUGGAGAGGAAGGACAGAGCAGGGGAUUGGCUGAGUCUCUAGGGUAAUUAUAACAAAUCCUGCCAGACAAACCAAGAUAAGGACCUGUUUGGGGCAGAGGAGAACAAAAUCUCUGCUGAGUGGAUCUUUGUUCAGACCAGUGGGAUGGGCUGUGAUGACUGGGGAAGCAGCAUUCAAAAGUCCUUGGGUGUAUUUUUGUCUUAUCCCAUCUGGGCACUAAUAGUGUCAGGCCCGAGACUUGGGGCAGUAGAUAGAUGUCUGUUUAUAGAUGCACUUUAGUUUUUGGUCUGUUCACCUGUUCUCUAGGAAUCCGCAGGCUUCUUCAGGCAGGGGCCAGGUGACCCAACCUGCAAGACUUCUGAUUUUCUACAGCUUUGUGUUUGCAAGGAAGCCGCGGGGUGGGGGGUGGGGCAGUGCUAAUGGGAAUCCCCAGUCCUUCCCUGUGAGCUGCCACUGUUGCAAGCAUAGAAGAGCCAGGCACAGAAGAGCGAGCAGCCUCAGGAGCGCUUGUGGCUCUGGCUUCUUGCAGGGCUUCAGCAUAAGGGGGACUGAGCCAUGGGAAUUUUCAUUGCUUCACCAUUUUUGGCUUUCCCUGUUCACAACCAGUACACAAAACAGUUGGACCCAUUGGCUUCUGGUUCACAGCUAACCACAUCACUGUGCCACCCCAUGAAAUAGUUCGGGUCCCAGGCGACGUGGCUUCCUGGAGGGGCUUGCCACCCCGAAUGGCUCACUUCUGCAGAGGAUGCUGCCCUUUGAUUGAGCUGCUCUCUCCAGCCUGUGGCUUGAGAAUUUACUAAAAGGGAUUUCCUUCCCAGUCAACCCCCAGUAGCAACUCUCCAUAAAGUUGUCAAUUCUCUGCUAGGCCUGAGAAUCUGAGUUACAUCUCUUGAAGCCAAACUCCACAUCUUGUGCUUUUUUUUUGCUUGGGAUAAAGGAGUUUUUCUUUAGAAACAGUGCCAAGAAUGACAAGAUAUUAAAAAAAAAAAAAAACUACUUUUAAAGAAAAUGCC